AUGAAUAUGUUGCUGAACUGUACUCGAUCGGCUUCUAAUUCGUUGCGAUUCUUCAGUUCCGCCAAGAAUACUGCGAAGAAGACUUGUCUGUACGAUUUACAUAAGAAACACAAUGGAAAAUUGGUUCCAUUUGCAGGAUAUGAGAUGCCUGUUCAAUAUCCCGACUUAUCCGUCAAGGAUUCUACUUUGCAUACUCGUAAGCAUUUGAGUAUUUUUGAUGUUUCUCAUAUGCUUCAAACUCAUAUUAUUGGAAAAGACAGGGAAGCUUUUAUUGAGAGUUUAACCACCGCUGAUGUCCAAGGCUUAGCUAGCAACAGCGGGACCUUAUCAGUUUUCACCAAUGAGAAAGGAGGAAUCAAAGAUGAUUUGAUUGUAACGAAAACCGAUCAAGACUUCAUCUAUAUGGUCACAAACGCAGGAUGCAUUGAAAAGGAUUUGCCAUACCUUCUAGAAAACGCUGCUAAAUGGAGAUCUAACGGAAAAGAUGUUCAAAUCAAAACUCUUGAUGACCGAGGCCUUGUUGCUGUUCAAGGUCCCGAAGUAGCCAAGGUCUUACAAGGCGAAACAGACAUUGACUUGAGCAAGUUGACUUUCAUGAGAACCGCUAUCGGAAAAGUCUUCGGUAUUGAAAAUUGCCGUGUUACCCGCUGUGGUUAUACUGGUGAAGAUGGUGUUGAGAUUUCUGUCGAUCCCGCUCACGCUUCCACUUUGGUAGAAAGGCUUUUGGAGUCUAAGAAUGGAAAUGUUAAACUCGCUGGUCUAGGAGCUAGAGAUGCUCUUCGUUUAGAAGCUGGUUUAUGUCUGUAUGGAAACGAUAUUGACGAGGGAACUACUCCCAUCGAAGCCGGUCUUGCUUUUAUUGUUGCCAAACGUAGACGCGAAACCAUGGAUUUCCCUGGGGCUGAGAAAAUUGUUGGACAAUUGAAAAACAAAAGUUGGCCCAAGAGAAGAGUAGGUCUCAUUUCUGACCCUGGAAGAGCUCCAAGAACUGGUCUUCCUCUUGUUGAUCCACUGGACAAAGCAGCCAUCGGUUACGUCACUUCAGGAUGCCCAUCUCCUUGUUUAGGAAAAAAUAUUGCUAUUGCCUAUGUUGAUAAGCCAUAUUCCAAAGAAGGAACUCAAUUCAUCGUUGAUUUCGGAGCAAAACAAUCCAAGGUUACGGUGACGAAGAUGCCUUUCGUGAAAACUAAUUACUACACAGGGAAGUAG